UACGUAUUUCACAUUCUAGUUGAUAGUGACCGUGAUCGUCGUUACCAUAAAUCAUGACUAUAAAUUGUGUAUCCAUGUGUGUGGCGUUCGGCUUAAUAAUAAAUAUAAAAAAUAGUUAUAGAAAAUAAGUUGUGUCAUACGUUUUUAUAUUAAAAUAUUUUGAAUUAAGAUUAACAUGUCAUCCGAUUAUUGUCGUAUUUGUACAUCUAUUUUGCGUGAUUACUUUGGUCAAGAUGUUUCUGAAAUUGCAAAACCUUUGCAAUGGGGUCAGAAAUCUUUGAUGACUUUGAGUACCAUGUUGGAUGGAAAAUAUCCUCGGCACUUGAUACAGGAAACUUUAAUUGUUUUAUUGCAAUUCAAUUUUGUAUCGGCAAUUUGUAAUGUUCACUCAGUACAAAUAGAAUACAAAUUGAAUAUGGAAAACAUUCUAAUGAUUUUAAGGUACCCAAAAUAUUUAUCAAUUAUUAAGAGAAAAUUUGGUAAUCAAUACAAAGAACUUGUUGAAACUUUACUUUGUCUUGGUCGUGCAUCUUUAUCAAAAAUUGUAAGUGAAUGUAUUAAAUUACAAAAUAAGACUGAUGAUUUGUUCAAUAAUUAUUGGGAAAAAGCUAUUGAAUUAAUUAGAAAUGAAUAUUUUAAAAGAACAUCCACAUACGUUGUUUGGACUGAAGUUAAACAAAAUAAAAUGUUUGCACCACCAAUAAAAAAUCAAAAAGGAGAGAAAAAAAUCUUGUUUACUCUCAAUUUUAAUAAGUUCCAUCAAGACAUGAGAAAUAAAAUCAUCAUAGAUGCUGUUGUAAGAACAUUUGAUGAUUCAAUUGUAGGAGAAGUAAUGUCUACAAUAUUAAGUCAAUGUGCUGACAGUAGUGCACCAGUUUCAAACCCUAUAUCAUUACAAUUAAUUAGAAGUAAUUUAUCUGUUGGUCAUAAUUAUUUAUUAGAAUAUAUAACAAUGAUAGAAGAAGAUCCUACUAAAUUUUUAUCUAAGUCUUAUGGUACAAUGUGUAACAUUACUGUUAAUUUUAAACAAAUAAUAAAUUGUUUAAAUGAUUCAAUAAUGGAUCAAGUAGUAAGCUAUAAGUUUGGUGAGAGUUCUGCUAGGUUAUUUAGAGCAACUAGAAGCAACAAACUUCUAGAACUUGAACGUCUCCAACAAACUGCUUUAAUUCCAGAUCGUGAAACAAAAACAUUAACAUCUGAACUAUUUAUGAACAAUUACCUUCAAGUUCAAGAAUUAAGAAAACCAAAUACUCGUUUGGGUCGAAAUGAUGGGAAAUCUUUUUAUUUGUAUCAUUUAAAUGAACGUCAACUACAUCAAGAAUUAACAGAAGAAAUAUUAAAAAUGAUUGGGAAUUGUAUGAUGUGGAAGUUUAAAACUUGUGAAGAUAAUAAGAGAUUACUAAAAAAUAAAGCUCGAUUUGAUGGUAUGGUUCAAGGAUUGCAAGAUAAACAGGAAGCAGACAAGGAUUUUUUUGAAGAAGCUAUGGACAAUUUAUUUUCACCAAGUGAGCGAAUAUUGCUUGACUCAAUAAAUAGACUGUUGCCUGUAUAUGAUCAUGAUGGUAGUGAAAAAACACCACUUUAUGCUAAAAAUAACAAUGAAAAAGCUCUACUUAAAUUGAUUAUAGGAUUUUGUAUGGUAUUUUGCAUUGGAUUAUUAAUAAUUUUAUUAAUUCACAUUCAUUAUGGAUCAAAUCAGUUAGUACCUCAUGGGAAUGUAGCAAGUGAUAAUGAUCAAUGCUCCCAAUUUGGAAUUGAUGUGCUCAAAAUGGGUGGUAAUGCAGUUGAUGCAGCAAUUACUGCUGCAUUAUGCAACUCUGUAGUACUCCUUCAUCUUUCAGGAUUAGGAGGAAGUGGUGUUAUGGUGAUAUACGAUCAUCGAACUGGUAUAGGAAAUACAAUUGAUUUUAGAGCUACACAUAGUUCACAUAAUAUUAUUGGAGUACCUGGUUUUUUAGCAGGAUUGUUUUAUGCUCAUGUAAAGUAUGGAACUCUUCCUUGGAAGACACUAGUUGAGCCUUCUAUAAACCUAGCAAAGAUAGGUAUAACUAUUACAGAAAGUUUACUUGAAGCAAUUAAUCAGAAUACUACUAUGUUAGUUGAAGAUGAAAACUUUAAGCAUUGGUUAUCUACAGUAUCAAAUAGUUCAAUUGGUCAAAUAGUUAAAGCACCAAAUGGUCUUAUAAAAACUCUUACCUCAAUAUCUUUACAUGGACCUAUUGAGUUUUAUAAAGAAAUGUCUGAAGAAUUGAAGUUGAUUUUAAAGCCAGAUGAUGUAAUUAGCUACCAACCGCUUAUUUUACCAGUAUUAAAACAAAAAUUUAUGAACUAUUGCAUCAUAACUUCAAAUAAAGGUACUGGAGGACCAAUUUUAAUGAAAGUAUUAAGUAAAAUGAAUAAUACUAAUACAUAUCUUGAAGAUUUAUCAUUAUUGAAUAGUUUUAAAGAUUUAGGAGAUGAUUGGGAUCAAAAUUACGGAUUGCAAGUUUCAACUACUGACGUUUUUGAUCUUUAUGUAACUAUUAUAAGUGGUCUUGGUUCUGUUUUUGGAUCCCAUGUUUUAACUAAAUCUGGUUAUAUAUUGAACAAUGCUUUGAAUUUAAAUCUUAAAGAUUAUAAUCUAAAUCAAACAGAACGAGUAACAUCAUUACAUUUACCAAUUAUUGCUGUAGAAAUAGAAAAUUUAUGUGGAAGAAGAUUAAUCUCAGGUGCUGCUGAUGUACGUGAUGGUACUCAAUUACUUUUAUCUAUGUUAAAAACAGACCCGCAAGAUAUAUUAAAUGUUGAUACUAUUCCUCGUUUUCGUUUAAAAAAUUAUGAUGUUGGAAUUGAAUAUCCAAAUAAUAUAACUAAACAGUUUUCGAAAUUUUUGUUAAGUUUUGGAUUUAAAUUAUCUAAAGCAAGUUUGCCUUAUCCUACUUCUAAUAUAGUACAAAAAGAGGAAGAUAGAUCUGUUGCCUUCUCAGAUUCUCGUGGAUCUGGUAAAUCUUAUACUUUAUAGUAAAUGUUACAAUAUUGUAUGUAUAAUUUUUUUUAAACAACGAAUUGUAAUUUGUGUUGUAUACUUAUGUAUAAAAUAUAUUUUUUUAAUUGGACUUGUAAUAAAUAUAUAAUAUACAAUAU